CCAAUUUGUAAAGAAAAAAUAGCAUCAAAAUGGACCUUAUAGAAAAGGCAAAGAACUACGUCUCCGAUAAGAUCGCGAACGUGCCGGUGCCGGAGGCGACGGUGGCGGACGUGGAUCUGAAAGGAUUCGGCCUCGACGGAAUCACUCUCCUCGCCAAGGUCUCCGUCGCCAACCCCUACGGCGUCCCCAUCCCGAUCUGCCAGAUCGCCUACGUCGUGAAGAGCAACGAGAGGGUGGUCGCCUCCGGCACCAUCCCCGACCCCGGAUCUCUCAAGGCCAGCGCCAGCACGGUGCUCGAGGUCACCGUCAAGGUGCCGCACAGCGCCGCCGUCAGCCUCGUCCGCGACAUCGCCGGCGAUUGGGACAUCGAUUAUUGCCUGGAGCUAGGCCUCAUCAUCGAUCUCCCCGUCGUCGGGAAUUUCACCAUUCCGAUCUCCUAUAAGGGUGAGAUGAAGCUGCCAUCCGUUUCCGACUUUUUCUCCGGAUCAUCGGGUGAGACUAACGAGAAAGUCGUGACCAAAUAGAUGAUGUUUUUCGUUUUAUUUAUAUUUACCAGUUAUCAUCACAGUGGUUUCGAUACAACCAAUUCUCUCCACAUUUCUGUGCAUGGGAGAAUGAAAUAAAACAGUAUUUCAAUGUGUUUUGCGUUUAAAUCAAAUGUUUAUAAUGAAAUUGAAAUUAAAUUUGAACUUA